AUGGACCAGAGCAGCACAGCGCCUCCGGCCCUGGACGCAGCAGAGCUCCGUGCUGUGUGCCAGACCUGUACAGUCAAGGAGCUCAAGAAACUCCUCACGAAUCUGGCAGUUGAUCUCAGCGGCUACGUGGAGAAGUCUGAGCUGGUGGAUGCCGCAGUCAGACGCCUGGACAGCGACGGGAAGGCAAAGCUUCAGCUCUUCAGCUACUGCCGAAUCUGCUGCAAUUGGUGCUUGGACGACGAUGUUUGGCCACUCACCUGCGGACACCUCGCGUGCUUCCAGUGCUUGGGCAUGUACCUUGAGAGCCAGAUCCAGGCCAUGAAGUCUUCAUUGAAGUACAACCUUCCCUGCAUUUACGCGCCUGCUUGUUCCCACGAGAUGAGAUUCCAGGAUGCAGCGUCCAUGAGUGCAGCCCUGCGCAACCUUUGGAAGGAUCUUCAACAGCGCGAGCGCCUCAUCCGCGACGCCAAGUACGAGGUGCUGGAGUGUCCCCAACCGGGCUGCGUCGGAGUGGCCUACAAAGAAAGGGGCCGGCGAACUGCCAUGUGCUUCAUGUGCGAGCACACCUGGGAAGCGAAUGCCGACGGCACAGACGAUGAUGGAAAGAAGCCAAACUUCGAUGGAACCCGGGUCCGCAAGUGUCCGAAGUGCCAGGCCCCUAUCGAGAAGAAUGGUGGUUGCAACCACAUGCACUGCACUCGUUGUGGCCGUCACUUCGAUUGGACCGCCAGCCAGUCGGCAGGAGAUCCCAACGCAGCUCCUUCAGAAGCGCCCUUCGGAAACUUCAAUGCCAACAACCUCUGGGGAGACGCGGCCGCUACUUUUCAGCAAUUCUUCCCCAACAUGCCGAGGCCCGCCGGCCAUGCUGGGGCCCAUGCCCAGGCCCAUGCCCAGGCCCAUGCAGCCCAUCGUGCCACUCACCAGGCAGCUCAUGCCCAGGCCCAGGCCGGGGCGGGAGCCGCAGAUCCAGAAAAUCUCUUCAACCACUUCGGCAACCUCCUGGGCGCAAACGCACCGGGCUUCCAACACGUCAUGGGAAAUGUGGCGCAGGCUGCCGGCGGCUUCAUGCAGCAAGCUGCACAGAUGCGGCAGGCUCAAGAGGCCCAUGAGGCGGCUCAGCAGGCCCAUCCAAGGAAUCAGCAAGCGGCGGCCGAGCAAGCCCAGAGAGUGCAUCAAGCUGCUCAUCAGGCAUCUGGCAAUGGCAAUGGUGCAGCGCCUUUCGGCGCUGGCUUCGCUCCAACACAGGUAUUGAGCUUGCUGGAAGAGCAAGAGAAUCAGUUGCGAUGCGCUGCGCUCCAGCGGCUGAACGAGGUGGUGGAUCAGUUCUGGCAUGAGAUUGCCGAUUACUUGAACGAUAUUGAGACGCUGUAUGAGGACCCUGCCUUUCCUGGGCGCGAGAUGGCCGCGCUGGUGGCCUCCAAGGUCUUCUACCACUUAGAGGAGUACCGACCUCGGUAUGACGACGCCUUGCGUCUGGCGUUGGGUGCAGGUCAGCUCUUCGACCUCAAUCAGCGGUCCGAGUAUGUCGAGAAGAUCGUCGCAGUUGCCAUCGACGAAUAUGUCAAGUUGACCGGAGACAACUUUGAGCUGGAGAUGAAGAAGAAGGACCCGGUGCCUAUCGACACGCGAUUGGAGGACGUCGUGAAUCGGAUGUUUGCGCGAUGCAUGGAGGACAGGGACAAGGCCUACAAGCAUGGCCUUGGAAUGGCUCUGGAGACGCGGCGUCUCGACAAGGCACCUGGGGUCCCUUCCUGUUCUCCUUCAGUCACUGAGUUCAUCAAGCAGAGUGACGCGAUGGCUGAAAUGCUCGAGCUUCUGCCUCAGCUCUUCAACGGACCGGCUUCGGAGCUUCACGGGUACGCGCAGCUCUCGGCGAUGACGCUGCUCACCUCCAAAGCCUUCCGGGAACGCGUCCUGAAGGCACUAGUGGAGAUUCACACCUCUGUCCAGGCGCGUGGCCUGGGUGGAGAGGGCGGCAUUGAAAGCAAGCUGCUCCACCAGCUUGACGCGGGAAUGCGGGCACAUGAAGUGAAUCUAGCUGCACUGGCCCAGUGCUACUUCAUCCUCGGGGAGCCGGGAGAGGUCGCCAAGAUCUUGAAGGACCUGCUCGGACGCUCCGAGAAGGUCGACAACGAAAGCCAGCACUUCUGCAAUGCGGUGCUGUCAUCGCCGCUUCUCAAGCUCAAGGAGCUGUUUGCCGCCAGUCCUCCCGCUUUCAUAUCAUACGCUUCUGUCCAUGGUGCUUCUGUACUGCAUUUUGGAGGGCAUUUUCGAAGGUUUAGUGAUCAUGUUUGUUCAAUACUUGAUGUGAGCGCCUUGUAA